AUGGACUCUAAGAAUAACUCGAGAACAUUAGAAGAUGAAUUUAUCUCUGACCAAGAUGGUGUAAUUGACAGUGAAAUCGAAUCUGAUGAAGCACCACCAGCAUACAAUUCUCUCUCCCCAGAAGACCUGCCUUUAUCACCAUCGUACUCAAUUGACAAGCGUCAGUCGAUCUUCUUAGAAGAUAUCGACCGUUUCAGCAUUGACUUAAGUGCAGGAAAUAGGACAUCUUCUUCACUUCACGCGUUUUCGAUCCCUACGCAGCGUCCUAGAUUAGUCGAAAUCCCGGCAAGCGGUUCGACCUUCUCAUCUCCAGCCCAGAGACAGGAGGACUUGAGAACAACAUCAAAGCCCAACCAUCAGGUGAUGAACAUUGUACUUAUGCUUGUUGGAUGCAGAGAUGAGAUCAAGUCAAUUAUCCUGGUUGGUCAAGAGCUUUGCAAGAAAGGUCACCGAGUGCGAGUUGUUACACACUCAAUUUUUCAAACAUUUGUCCUAAAAGCAGGGUUGGAGUUUUUCGCUCUCAGUAACGACGCGCAGCAUCCGAUUGCGAUAGAGGGAGGUAGGGGAUUCGACCUAGGAGCUCAGAAUUAUCUUUCAUAUCUUCUUGUGCAGGAGUCCUUGGGACACGAAACCUGUCGUAUUAUCGAACAUUUCCGAAGGUUUACCUUACAUCUACCCAAGCUACCACUUGUUCAAGGAGCAGGGUUCCAAGGACAAUUCAAGAUACCUCAUACGUAUCUUUGGUCUCCAAGUCUUCUUCCCAAACCCGAUGACUGGGACGAUGUCAUUGAUAUCGCCGGCUAUGUAACAACGGACAUCGUAGCGCCUUAUACGCCUUCUGAAGGCCUUUCUCGUUUCUUGGAGUCCGCAGAGAGCCCGAUACUCGUUCUGCUAGAUACAGCACAACUGAAGAACCCGGAUGAUUUUCUGCAAACCCUCAAAGAGACCUCUCUUAAAUACGGAGUUCACAUCCUUCUGGACAGUAAAUUUCAGAUUUUCCGAUGUACCCUUGAUAUUCCGACCAUUUUUGUUCUGGAUAGUGUUCCGCUCGGUCUAGGUUCUUUCCCCAUCCUAGAACCAGACUUUUUCAGUGAGAAAUUUGUCGAAGCCUUCCGCUACUGUAUGCAACAAGACGUUCGAGAAAGCGCGCAGAGACUAAGUGAACAUACCAAAUUGGAAAAUGGGACAGCGAAUGCCGUGAAUUCGUUUUAUCAUCAUCUGCAGUCAAACAAGUUUGAACGCAAGCCUGUUGGAUCAGACUCCGAGUCACAUCACUUACGACUUGAGCCGCUGGUUACAUCCUCUCCCAAAUCAGCCGUUCGAUCAGGAAAUGCAGAUGUGAACGAGGUAGAUUGCCCACCACAUGCCUGGCAAGGAACAGCAACAAAUUCAGUUGUGAAAGCGAAGCCCACAAUCCUGGUUGAGGUGAAAGGGGUGAGUAGGAACUUGAUGAAAGCCAUUGUCAAGCCAACAGUCUCCCACAUUGCCGAUGCGUACAAUAAGUUUGAAGAUGAUCCAUUGGCUCUGAAAGGAAAACAGAAAAGCGAUCUAUCGAAGGCCGAUACGGCCAAGAAAGUGGCGAAAAAUGUAGGCUUCGGCUCUGCAGUCGCCUGUGGUAAAAUUGCUCUUUUGCCCUUCAAGACUGUAUACUAUAUGAGCGAAACGGCGUCAUACGGAGUACGCGCCCUGAAAGGAUUAGAUCGACACGAAUCAAGGAACCACGACCUCACCCCGGAUAGGAACUGGUACAAAAGGCCAACUGGAGAUCUAAGAGGAGUAGCCGAAAAGAAUACCGAAAGACAGAUUUAUCUUCCUUCCCGGAGGGACGAUGCCUAUAAUCGUGCAUUAUCGGCUUCAAGGAGAACCUCAUUCGAUUCCAGAUUUGAUCAUCCAGGGCGUUUGGCCCACUCUGGAAACAACAGAAAUAGUUGGGAGGAUAAGCAGGAGUAA